GAAUUAUUUGCCCGCGCAAUGAAUCUCAACACCCUCACAUCCAGUCUACGGCGGUCCUUCCGGCCCAGGGCAAAAGUAUUAUGGACGAGUGACUGGGUAUGCAAGUCCUGCAGGAUAAACAGCGUCGCUGUCCGGCCGCGGGCACGGUUUUCCAGCACGAAGACGCCCAUGGAGAAGCCGUACUACAUCACCACCCCGAUAUUCUACGUCAAUGCCGCUCCCCAUGUAGGCCACCUCUACACCAUGGUCCUAACCGACAUCCUCAAGCGCUUCCAACAGCUCAAAGGGCGCCCCGCAAUCCUCUGCACCGGCACCGACGAGCACGGUAUGAAAAUCCAACAAGCCGCCUCCCUCUCGGACGAAGACCCAAAGGAAUUCUGCGACCGCGUGUCCGAGACAUUCAAGCAGCUCGCCGCGCGCGCAGAUCUCUCUUACGACCACUUCAUCCGCACAACUGAUCCGGAUCACAAGGAAGCUGUGCAGCAUUUCUGGCAGCUACUGCAGGAACGGGGGUAUAUCUACGAGAAGAAACAUGAGGGGUGGUACUCUGUUAGUGAUGAGACAUUCUAUCCCUCCUCCGCGAUCGAGAAGCGCCUCGAUCCCGCUACGGGGCGUACUUUCAUGGCUGCACAGGAGACGGGGAAGGAAGUAGAGUGGACGGCCGAAACGAACUACCACUUCCGCCUCUCCGCUCUCAAAGAGCCCCUGUUAGCUUUCUACAAACAAAACCCCAACUUCGUCGUCCCCGCAACCCGCAUGCGCGACAUCGAGCGCUGGGUCACCGAGGGUCUAGAAGACCUCUCCGUCUCCCGCCCCAUCAACCGCCUCACAUGGGGCAUUCGCGUCCCGAACGACGAGACGCAGACAAUCUACGUCUGGCUCGACGCGCUGGUGAACUACAUCACCAAAGCCGGCUUCCCAUCCGCCUCCUUCUUCGACGGCGUCGCCGGCUGGCCCGCUGACGUCCACGUUAUCGGGAAGGAUAUCAUGCGGUUCCACUGCAUUUACUGGCCUGCGUUCCUCCUCGCCCUGGAUCUACCGCUGCCGAAACAGGUGUUGACGCAUGCGCAUUGGACGCUGGGACAUAGUAAGAUGGCGAAGUCGACGGGGAAUGUAGUCAAUCCCUUCUUUGCGAUGGAUCGGUUUGGGGUUGAUGCUAUGCGGUUUUAUCUGGCGCAUGAUGGGGGGAUAACGGAUGAUGCGGAUUAUGCGAAUGCGAAUAUUGUGGAGAGGUAUCGGAAGUGCCUUUCGGGCGGCCUUGGGAACUUGCUGCAGAGGGUGACGGGGACGAAGGUUUGGUCUGUUAGUGAGGCUGUUGAGGCUGCGGCCAAGGGGGAGUUUGAGGUGGGGGAGAAUCCGAUUGAGGCGGUGCAUGGGGUGGGAGGGGUGGUGGAUGGGCAUUUUAAGGAGUUGAAUCCCAGGGCGGGUUUACAUGAGAUUAUGCGCGUGAUUUACGAUACAAACAAAUACCUCCAAACCACCGCCCCCUGGCUCAUCGCCAAAUCCGGCACCCCCUCGAGCGAAGCAGAAGUCCGCCGCAUCAUCUUCCACGCCUCAGAAGCCCUGCGCGUCUCGGCGAUACUGCUGCAGCCUUAUAUGCCUACCAAGGCAGCACAGAUCUUGGAUACGCUUGGGGUGGAGCGGGGGAGGAGGGGGUUCGGGGACGCGGUUGUGGGGGGGGAUUUGGGGUAUGGGAGGGUUAAGGUUGUGGAGGGGGAGAGAGAGGGGGGAGUGGGGAAGAAGAAGGGGAAGGGGGCGUAUGGGACGAUUUUUCCGCCUUUGGCUGUGGAGGAGUAGGGAGGGGAGUGAUGGCUGAUGGCUAAUGGCUGAUGGGAGAGUGAUGCGAAAGGUGAUGAGAGGGAGUGUGCGUGGUGUGAUCUGGCUGAUAUGGCCGAUGCGGGUGAGGGGCGGUGUGUACGAUUUAAGGCGCUCGGAUCCCUGACCUCUCUGUGUGAUGGGCUGGACUGGUCUGGGAUUUCAUGUAUAUUGUCUGUUGUGUCUCUACUACUGUAAGAUAAGAGAGAGCGAUGACUGGGUGUAAACUACUGUAUAGAU